AUGACUACAUCAAGAUUUGACAUCGUAGGAAACGGCUAUCCGUAUCAUCCCAACAUCCUCACAAGCACUGAAUGUCAGACUACUUUCAGAGCUAUCCAGGACGCAUCGAAGGCAACAUUAUACAUUCAGCUAAACCUCCACUCUCACAUCGAAACAGUGGGUGGAUGGACACCAGCUAUGGAUGCCAGGAAAUGGACUGAUCCGCCUGUCAAUGGGUGGUUUUACGCCAUGUACCACACCAGUUAUAAUGUGUCGGUGGACUCUGGACGUUGGUACGAGGGCUUACAAGCGGAACCGCCACUACCAACCUGGGUGCUUCUCCCAGAUGGUGCGCAAUUCUUCAGAGUGAACGAGAUUGCACAUCUCAAGACUCCGAGUGCAUGGGAAGCUGCACUCAUUCCGGCUCUGCUUCACGAGAGAGACGCCACCUUCAGGCGUAUUGGAGGCAGCCUCAACGACGGCGUCACUCACGAUGGGACAUUCUGGACCGAAGACGGCUAUACUUGA